CUUGUCUACAUCACUCGUUAUGCAAUAUGGACGCGAAAAUGUUGAGAUCCCAUCUCCAGUCAUCCAAGCGACCCCCGAGAGCGGAGAAAGUUACGUCCAGGAAACUAAAUCCCCAUUCCCACACUAGUUACCCCAGUGCUUUUCUCCGUGAAUAUCCAUCUUCCCUCCCGAUAAAUCUCCCUAAGCCUAUCUCUCAAAUCCCAAUCCUAAUCCUGCAACUCCCUCCUUUAAAUAUUCAGGCCCCACUGUUCGCCUGUCCAGGUCCUGCGUCAACCGAAAAUGGGUCCGGGCGAUAUCUAUCCGCAUCCUGAACCUCAGUUUAUACAUUUCCCCAGCCGGCGCUCAGUAGUGCAUAGUACGAAGGGGAUUGUGUCGUGCACGCAACCGCUUGCUGCCACUGCGGGUCUGGAUGUGCUGCGGAAAGGUGGGAACGCUGCUGAUGCAGCAGUAGCUGUUGCAGCAAGCCUCAAUGUGACAGAGCCGGGGUCGACGGGGAUUGGCGGUGAUAUGUUCUGUCUCUUCUACGACAUCAAGACGAAGAAAGUGCAUGCGAUGAACGGGUCUGGCAGAUCGGGCAAAGAUGUCACGCUAGAUCGAAUCCGCAAGGAUCUCAAGAUUCCUGAUGGCGACAUUGGACAGAUCCCAAUGGACAGUGUGCAUGCGGUAACGGUUCCAGGGGCAGCAGCUGGGUGGGUCGAUGUAGUAGAAAGAUUCGGAAGUGGGAAGGUGACGAUGGAGGAUGUUCUCGCACCUGCAAUCGAACUAGCAGAUAAAGGCUUUCCAGUUUCAGAGCUUUCCGCCAUAUUUUGGGCAAACAGCGAAACCCAAAUAAAAAAUGCAUCUCCCAAUGGAGCCGAGAUGUUGAAGAAAGACCCCUCAGCAAAAGAUGGCUGCAGAGCCCCAAAGGCAGGAGAGAUCAUGAAGAAUCCCACUCUCGCCAACACCUACAAGCUGCUCGCAAAGCAUGGCAAGAAGGGCUUCUACGAAGGAGAGGUGGCUGAACAGCUUAUCAAGGUAGUGACAGACCUCGGCGGUCAUCUCACUUUGGAUGACUUGAAACAACAUGCCGAAUUUGGAACCGAGCCAGUCGACGCUAUUUCCCUGAAGUUCUCUGGCCAGGGUGUUGGUGACCGCACCGAGGGAUACGGUAUCGAAUUAUGGGAACAUCCACCAAACGGCCAGGGUAUCGUAGCACUCAUGGCCUUAGGCAUUAUCCAGGAGCUAGAAAAGCAAGGCAAGUUACCCAGAUGGACAUUAAAAGACCACAAUACGACCAAAUAUCUCCACCCCCUCAUCGAAGCCCUCCGCAUCGCCUUUGCAGACGCCCACUGGUUCGUCGCCGACCCGAAUGUCUCAAACGUCCCUUCCACAGAACUCAUAUCGCAACCAUAUCUCGCCGAGCGCGCUAAACUCUUCGACCCCACAAAAGCCAUAUCCGCCCCUGUUCAUGGCUCCCCAGCCCACGUCCAUAGCGACACGGUGUAUUUCUGCUGCUCGGAUCAAUACGGGAACGCAAUAUCCUUCAUCAACAGCAACUACGGUGGCUUCGGUACUGCAAUCAUUCCAAAAGGAUGCGGUUUUACCCUACAAAACCGUGGCGCGAAUUUCAGCCUCAUCGAAGGUCACCCGAACGCCCUCGAACCCCGAAAACGGCCCUACCAUACCAUUAUUCCCGCUCUCAUCACCAACGCUAGGGAUCAAAGUCUCCACAGCGUAUACGGAGUUAUGGGUGGGUUCAUGCAGCCACAAGGCCACGUGCAAGUCCUACUAAAUCAGGAGGUUUUCAAACUACAUCCACAGGCAGCGCUCGAUUCACCGCGUAUCUGCAUUGGAGCUGGGAUGCCGGAUCGGGAUGGCAGAAUGACGGAUGCGACGGUCUACCUAGAAGAAGGUAUUGAUUCCCAAGUUGUGAAAGAGCUGCGGGAUAUGGGACAUAGCGUGCAGCAGCUGAGUGGGUAUGGAAGAGCGAUGUUUGGCCGAGGGCAGAUUAUCAGACAGCAUCACGAUGAUGGCAUUUUGGUUUGGAGUGGCGCAAGUGAUUUGAGGGGCGACGGGGCUGCGGUGCCUGUUUGAGAAUACCAUUACAUCAUUAUACAGCCUUCAAAUUUAG